GUCGUGCCUGUGCCGGGCCCUCCCUAGGGCGCCUGAGUGGCCCCUACUCUGCAAAGCGGCAAAGAUUGGACGUCGUCGACGACGACAGGCAGGCCGGCAGGCAGAUCGAGCCGGACAGACGACGCAGCCAGCCAUCCCGCAGUGCCGAUCGCGCACAAGGGUGGAUCCUGUUGACCUUUGACGGCCGCCUCGGCGCCACCUCACACCCCCUUGAGCCUCGCCCUUGCAGUGGCGCGGCAAGCCCAGCGCCGCCACCCUCGCCGAGGCCUAAUUAAGUGGCGUUCCCUUGGCUUCAAACAAUACACCAGCGAUUUCGACGGGGCUCACCGCUCCAACAAUCCGGCGUCGGCGGCCCACCUGCCUGGCCCACCAGGCAGAGGACUCAGAUCGCCGCAGACUCGACUCCCGGCCGUGCCCGGCCGCUCCGGGUCGUCGUCGAAAGGUUUAGUUGUGAGUCUUGGCACUGGAAGAAUUCACAGAUCGAUUUGAGUCGUGGAGUCUGCGGUGCCAAAGCCCACGACUGCCUUGCAACGUUCUCCGCACCACGCCGUCCGCCCCGCCCCGAGCAGCUCGUCCACGUCGGUGUAGAGGUGAAAGCCAAGAUUGCUGGGAAUAUUCACAAUGCAGUCUCGACGCAGCCAAAGCUACAACCAACUACAUGCCCGCUCUCGUCCACAUAACCCAUCUGUGAGGGAAAUUAUUCGAGAUGGGUGGUUUUUUACAUCUGUAGGGAUUGUCCUCUAUUUUAGUGGAAUAUACUUGACAGUGUGGAAUGAGGGACGGGCAGUGAGUACAAGUAAAGCACUUGAUUCGUCUCUGGCAUCUGUUGUAGUUUUGACUCCAAACUCCCAGCCCCUUCCAGAAAAUGGUGGUCGCUUGGUCCAUUUAGUUGGGGAGAUAUCAGUGGGGGAGCCACUCACUGAAAUGGAUUAUGGAGUAGCAGUUCAAGCAGUAAAAUUGAAACGCAGGGUGCAAAUGUUUCAAUGGGUUGAGGAAGAAUCUCUAGUUGAUUUACCUGACGGUGAUGCCCUGCGUACAGAUGUGAAUUAUUAUUACACAACUGAGUGGAGAGAUAAACUUAUAGAUAGUUCCCAGUUUGCACGCCAAAUGAGCCAUCAAAACCCGAGAGAAUUUCCUCUCAAGAGUACAGUUUAUGUAAAUGAAGUAGUCACAGUAGGUGGAUUUAACUUGGGGCCAGAACUGAAAGCUAAAUUCAAUGACUUUGUGCCAAUAACCAGUGACGAACGCCCUGAACAGCGUGACAUAAAAUUACAUGCUGGUUUGUACUACCACUGCAGAGAUGUGUGGGAGCCUGAAGUUGGAGAUAUUCGCAUACAAUUUUCUUAUGCAGGACAUGCUGGCUUUCCAGUAACAGUUGUUGGAAUGCAAGUGGGCAAUGAGAUAAGGGCAUAUCCUAUGGCUCCAGGAGUGGACAUCAUCAUUGUCCGCCAAGGUCGGCUUACAGCAGAGGAAAUAUUCUGGCUUGAGCAUGUUAACAACCGCUGGCUAACAUGGGCUCUUCGAGGUGCUGGCUGGUUUGUUUCCUUUUUAGGAUGUACAUGUCUUUAUGGAAUCUUAAGUGCUCUUGUUCAACGCAACUCUUUUGCUCGUGAUCUCCUUGCUGGAGGCUCUGGUUCUAUCAGUAUGACAAUGUCAAGCACGAGUUGUUUGGCUGCUGUUGCCCUCUCUUGGCUUUGGUACAGACCAUAUUUAGCUGGUGGCCUUCUGUUAUCAGCAGCACUUCCUUUUGUCUGGGGAGGAAUACGUCAUAGCAAUUGGAAUUCUGCCGAUGAACGAAAUCCAAACCCUGCAAGACCAGAUUCAUACCGUAGGCUACCAGACUGAGCACGGUUACACACGCUCGGGAACUUACACUUUCAAGAAGAUUGCACUGAGAUGGUAUACCAGACUAAUCAACCAAAACUACUGAAGACAAAAUUAAAGAGAGUUGAAGAGUAUGUAAAUUCACAGGACCCUCAUCAGGUGCCUGAUGUAGCAGACUUAUCUGAAAAUACUGGAGAAGGCACCUGUGACCUGUGUGAAACAGCUUGUUAAGUUAUCAUUGGAUUGGAUGCAGUAGAAAAAUGUUUUAUGUGUUGUGAAACAAAAGAAUGAGAUUUUAUAAAUUGUUAAUUUUCAAAGUUUAUUGUUGUCAAAGGUUCAUCAGUAUUGUUAUGACUAUGAAAAGUUUCUUAUCAGAUAAGUAAUAAUAUCAUCAGUAUUAAAGGCCUGCCCUGGUGUAGGCUGAGGGCUUUUAGAUGAGCUUGCUCUAAUUCCAAUAAUUCAACAUCCAUUGCUAAACCUCUGUCAUCACUCAUGAUUCAAAAUUAUUUUUCUACUGGUUUAUUGUAUACUAUUUCAAAUUAACUUCAUUUCAUCAUGGCUGCAUUCUUCUAUUGAACGUCACUAGUCAUUUAAUGUGAUAAAAAAAUCUGAUUAUAUAGAAUAGUAGAUUAAUCUCAGUGGUACAAGAAAGUGUGGUGCAUCGUAGCGUGUGUUAAAAGACUUUCCUACAUUGCCACUUAACUGGCUCAAAUUGUGUGUUGUGAAAUCUAUGACAAAAAUAUGGUCUUUCUUCUUUCCCCAUGCCCAGUGCUGGGCCAAUGUGUGUGUGGUUUCUGUGUCAAGAUUUGUCCUUACAAUAUCCAUCUAUUGAUCCACUGUUUAGGCUCGAGUGAUCAUAAAAACAGGAUGGAACUUAUGUAAUUCAAAAUUGUAAAAUUUGCCUGAACUUGAUGCUGCUUCCCAGGCUGACAACCCAUGUAACUUAGUUUUCACAAGCCCUAGGGUCAUACUUGUUUUCCUGCUCACUAAAACACACUAAAACGAAGCACCUCAUUUAGAAUAUAAUCCAUUGCACUGCACCUCCUUGUUAUACUGUGGUUAUUUUGUACUUCAUAUUUUAUAAAGUUUUGUAAGUCUUUAUCAACGUGCUCAUUGUUCUCAGUCUAGUAGAUAUAAGCUUUUUGUGCAGUGAAUGCUGUAGGUGUUUUUUUGAUGUUUUUUUUUUUAAAGAGAUUUGGUAUUGUUUACUUGUGAGGUGUACAGUAUUUUCCCCCGUAGUUUUAUUGGAUUGAGCACUAAUUUAUUAUUUUUCACUCAUUUCAAUCCAUUUAAUGCCUGACUUUGUAGAGGUGUGUACCCAUAUGUAUAACUUUAGGAUUAUCACAAGGAAAUGACAGCUUAAGAUACUUAAAUUAGCUUUUAAUAAGAAUAUAUUAUAUUAUUAUUAUUAUUAUUAACAGAGUUGGCAUGAACAAUUCAUUUUUUCUUUUCCAAAUGGUAACUCGAAUUAAGUUAAAAGGAAAGACAAAGACAAACUAGUAAAUCCUAUGACAAUUCUUAUAUUCCUAAAAAGAAAGGCUGAGGCCAUUUAUUAUCAUACCAUGUUUACUAUGUAGCUGUAAAGGGACCCCAAAGAGUUUCAAGUGAUCCUUAGAUAGCCGCCUGAAAGGUAGGCAAAAAGCACUUCAUUGCCCCUGUAAGUAGGCAAAAAGUGCUACUUUGACCCCCCCCCUUGGGCCAACUCUGGAUCCGCCACUGAAGAGUUUUUGAUUUGGAUACUCAAGAAGGGAAGGUUCGACUCUUGCCAGUAGAUGCGAGAGAGAGAGAGAUUUGAAUUGGUACAACAAACCACAUUGACCUCUGGUUCGCUUGUGUUGGUACAAGGUGGGUCAGAAACCCCGCCUGGGAGGAGCAGUAGGACUGUAUACCUGUCAUUUUGUCACAGGGUUUCUGGCCCACCUGGUACAAUGUUUUCUUUUUAUUCUGAUUAUUUUUCUGAAGAGAUCACAGUCAUGGCCCAGCCUUCUGGUUCUUGGACACAUUGUAACCAUUUAUCUCUAAACAACAAUGAGCCAGAAUUCAAUAGCACAAAGUUUGUUAUGAGCACCAUUAGUAGAUACUACAUAUUUUUAAGUGAUUGAAAUUUAAUAAAGAUAUCAUGAGGAAAA